GGUACCAUCGUCGCCGCCAACAUCCGCCCCAUCGGUCGGCAAUCCACCUGCUGAGAGGACAGGCAACAGUUCUGCGGCCGCAGCGACGCGCUUCCACGUCGGGUCCUCUACUUUGGUCGCGUAAUUCGUCACAUAAUACACGAGGGCCAUGGUCUUCCGCUGCGUCGCUAUGAAGGAGAUGUCGUGGUUGUGGCGAAGCCCCACGGCAAUGGCCUUGUUCCACCGAUUAACCAUGUUGUGCGUCCUGCGAAUCUGCAGCACGCCGUCUGGCGUGAAUGCAGUUUUGUCGACCAAUCUCCAUGGCGCCUUGAACCGACAGAGGUCGCCCUUCCCUCUCUUCUUGCCCAGGGAGUACUUGACGCAGGUCGGACUGUGGGUAUGGAUCUGUGUCGCGCCGGCACAGAAGUUGGCUUCCUCGUCAAAUGCAGCCGAGAACUGCUCGGUGUUGUCCAGCAGGGAGGAAAUAUCGGACGUCACCGACCGCUCCGCUUGCACGACGCAGAACCCGUCCUGGUCAAGAUCCUGCCUAGUAUGUCAGCCCAGACCCGUUUGCCCACCAGAAGUCCUGGAUGGCCAACAGCACGCAUUGAGCAUUACAUUACCUCUGAGAAAACACUAUCGACGUAUUGGACGAUGCGCUCACGAUACGCCGCCCGGUCCUCCUCGUGGAUGUCGGCAAGCACAGAACUCAGAUGCGCGUUUCCAUGCAACCAGAGCAGCCCGUGAACGUGAAGCGCCCCUCGUUCAUUGGUUUCCACAGCACCAUAGUACUGGCUGAUGCGCCCGAAAACUGACUCUUCUCCUACUUUCACGUAAUGCUCGAAAAACAACGUCAUCUCCCGGUGGAAGAAUAUUGCCGAACUCAUGGGGUCUGAGAUGGACAACCGCACACGUUUAAACGACAUGUCAAGGCUUCGCAGGAAAGCCUCAGCUGCCUCAGGAUCGCGUGAGCGAU